GCCCGGGGUCCUGCGGGACGCCAGCGGCGGGCGGGCGGACUGGUGUCUCCUUCACUUCGCCCUCCAGUGCCCAAAGCUGCAGCAGCGCGGUCUGCCGCACCACUGCACCCCCCCGUGACCGGCCCGAGCCCACCUGCCCCGACGACCGGCCACAACCAGCACAAGCAGCUCCAAUGGCGAUUCCUCCAGCAUAUGUAGACCUUGGCAAACCUGCCAGAGAUAUCUUCAAUAAAGGAUAUGGCUUUGGGUUGGUGAAACUGGAUGUGAAAACAAAAUCUGCAAGUGGAGUGGAAUUCACAACAUCUGGUUCAUCGAACACAGACACUGGAAAAGUGAAUGGAAGCUUGGAGACCAAAUACAAGUGGGCUGAGUAUGGUCUGACUUUUACAGAAAAAUGGAACACAGAUAACACUCUGGGAACAGAAAUUGCAAUUGAAGAUCAGCUUGCCAAAGGCUUGAAGGUGACAUUUGAUACAACUUUCUCACCAAAUACGGGAAAGAAAAGUGGUAAAAUUAAGUCAGCAUAUAAACGUGAAUGCAUAAACCUUGGCUGUGAUGUUGACUUUGAUUUUGCUGGGCCUGCAGUCCAUGGUUCAGCUGUCUUUGGUUAUGAAGGCUGGCUUGCUGGUUAUCAGAUGACUUUUGAUACUGCCAAAUCAAAAUUGACAAGAAAUAAUUUCUCUGUGGGUUACAAGACUGGAGACUUCCAACUGCACACUAAUGUCAAUGAUGGUUCCGAAUUUGGUGGGUCAAUUUACCAAAAAGUGAGUGAGUCUCUUGAAACUGCUAUAAACCUGGCUUGGACAGCAGGUAGCAACAGCACUCGCUUUGGCUUUGCAGCUAAGUACAAGUUGGAUCCCACUGCUUCUCUUUCAGCGAAGGUGAAUAAUUCUAGUCUAAUUGGAGUGGGUUAUACCCAGACCCUGAGGCCAGGUGUGAAGCUUACACUGUCUGCCCUGAUAGAUGGAAAGAGCAUCAAUGCUGGUGGCCAUAAACUUGGUCUUGGCCUGGAACUGGAGGCUUAAAAAGGUGAAGAAACUGCUGCAGAGAAGGGAUAUCAGAAGAAUUUGGCCUUAAAAUGUAUUUCCAAUGUGACCAGCAGGCUUUUUCCCAGGAAGGAUGACCUAGAACAAGAGCUGUAUUUGAAGUAUUUAGACAGUUACUUGUUAGCUGGUUUCUAGUUAAAUUGGUUACCCAUCUAGUUAAAAUUCUGCAUUAGUGCAGUCACUUAAACAUUAUUUAAAUGUAUUUAACUGUUUAAUGCGCUACCCACAAAUAAUGAAAUAGACAUUUAUGAAAACUGUACAAUUGUGUGCAUGUUUGUUUUUAUGUUCCUUUUAACAUUCGAUAUUGCCAUUGAAUGAAAAAUGGAUCACUGGAUGUUUUGAAAUGAGGUCAAUAAUUUUGUUGAAUGACCUGAACUAGAAAUACAUUUGGUAUCCCAAGACAAAUUAUGAAUAAAACAAGUACACACACAUACUUGUGCCUCAGAUAUUUUAAGAGUGAAGAUGCGAGGGUAGUGCUCAGUUAAGUUUUAACUUUAAGUAAUCCAAGAAGUAGUGCUCUGUACCUUCGUGCAAUUAAGGACCCCCAUCCAUGACAAUACUGAAUACAGGUGAACAGUUGGAUUCCUCAAGCAAAUUGAAUGUGCUUUUCUGUCAGGUAAGGUUUGUCAUGACACAAUGGUUUAUUCCCCCUGUGAUCCACGAGCGAGAUGUGCUGUGUUCCUAGUUGGGCUUCUGAUGCAAGAAGCGCAGAUCGGUGUACUUGGCACACUGAGACAUUUAAGAAAUGUUCCUUGAAAAACCUCACCACAAACACACCUUUUGCUUAUAUUUGUAUGAAGUGAGAUGUAUCUCUGCAAUUGAAUGUAACAGUGUAAUGGUAUAACAGCCUGCUUAUCCCAACUGCUGUGAGAGGUUUCUGCUUAAAAUGACUGAAAUAAAGACAAUUUUAAAUGGA